GCGGGGCCUGCCUCACGCUCGACCCAGUUUGAAAGUGAACCAACGGCUCCAGUCGCAGCUCCAGCCCCCAAACAACAACAAGAACCCGGAGAACCUUUAGAACCCGACCCGGUCCCAGCCCGCCUCACCUGCAGUCGGCCCUCCUGACCAGCCGCCACUAUGAUGCGCAAAGACAUCAACAAGCCGAAGGGGAAGACGUCGGCGUACGCCUUCUUCGUCCAGACGUGUCGAGAGGAGCACCGCAAGAAGAACCCUGAGCAGUCGGUCAACUUCGCAGAGUUCUCCAAGAAGUGCUCCGAGAGGUGGAAGGCUCUGUCUCCCAGCGAUAAGAAGUGCUUCGAGGACAUGGCCAAGGCCGACAAGGUGCGCUACAACCGGGAGAUGAAGGACUACAUCCCCCCCAAAGGCUUCGGAAAGAGGGGCCGCAAGAGGAAAGACCCCAACGCCCCCAAAAGACCCCCGUCAGCGUUCUUCGUGUUCUGCAGUGAGUACCGUCCCAGUGUGAAGCAGCAGUAUCCUGGCCUCUCUAUAGGAGACUGCGCCAAGAAGCUGGGAGAGAUGUGGAGCAAGCUGUCCCAGUCUGAGAAGCAGCCCUACGAGGAGAAGGCCCAGAAGCUCCGGGAGAAAUACGACCGGGACAUGGUGGCGUACCGCGGCGGCGGCACCUACGCCAGGAACCCCAGCUCUUCAGCUCAGGGCGGAGAGGAGGAGGAGGAGGACGAGGGCGAGGAUGAAGAGGAGGAGGAGGACGACGACGAGUAGAGAGAGAGACUGAGAGUGUGUUAGAGAGAGAGAGACAGGUAGGUGUGUGUGUUUCAGAGUGAAGGUCAGGGGCGGAGCCUAACAGCAGAUACACUUCCUGUUCCUCCAUUAGUGUGCGCCUCCCAACACCGUCCCCUCUAAUAUAACAGUUCCACCUGAGAGGAAGCACGCUGCCACUUCCUGCUGCAGCUGAUGGUAGGGAUGGAGGAGGAAGAGGAGGAGGAGGAGGAGACAGGUGAGCUCAGCUUUACAUCAGCAGCAGCUUCCUGUCUGACAGCUGAGACAUGAGCAGGUCAGAGUUUAAGAAUCAAGAAUCAAGAAUGCCUUUAUUAGUCCCACAAAUGGGGAAAUUGCAGUUAACAGAACAUCCAUCCAAAACAAAAACAUAACACAGACAGGGGG